CGAAUUGCCUUGCACGAUGCCUCAGCCCGUAGCACUGCGACGAUACGGAUGGCAGCAAAGUCACUGAGGCUCGUGGCGAUGGCGCAACGAGUGCUAACAGCCCACCCAAAUGAACCAUUCCUGCGGUCCCUCCCAUCCAUGCGACGAGCAUCUUUCGAACCGAGCGACCGACACCACCACGCGUCCAGGCAAAAUACCGCAUCGAGAAGCAUACUGUAUCACAAGAGAAAAGAUAUGGAGGCGUAAAUGAAUACGAUGCGUGAAUAAUGAAGGGACAACUGAAGGCGUGCUAUGCUGGUUGAUGUUGUCCGUCUGAGCGGUAAUGUAAACGACAACCUGACCCGCUAUGCAUCUCCGGCAUCUUCGACAUACCAUUUACCUGGCGUAGCCUGGCGAACCUGGUCUACGUAAAUCAGGAAAUAAGCAUCACGGAGCACUACACACCUGACGGGAAUCUCGAAGCUACCAGGUCCCAAGAUGCAUGUCCACCGUGGCUCGAUACUGUACGGCCACACGGUAGGCGAACGUCUGGACGUCUCAGAGAAAGCUUUCUUCACACUGCCACUGGUGCACAUUGAGCAGUAUCUCACGCAAACUUGAUAUGCACAAACUUGGUAGGCACCGGAACGGUUUCAAAUACAGAUUUCCAUUCUCCGUCUUACUUGCAUUUAAAGGAGGCCAUCAGGCCACUGUCGUAUAUCUUGUUGGUGUACUGCACUUUUCGUGAUUUACAAUUCACAGGGACUCAUCGUUUGUGCCAUGGGGCAGGCACUCCAAGAACUGCUCGUGCUGCCAGCUGAAUUCCGCUAAUCGAGCGCUGCGACGUAGCAUGCACUCGAUAUUCAAGGAACACAUGCUAGCUCACAGGCAUUCCAGUGUCAUGAAUUUUCGUGAACGCUCUCGGAUACACAAGAUCGAAUGCGCUACAUGCUGGGUCUCGCAGCAGCAGCUUUGCAAAGAUGCGAUUCUGGUCCUCCAAAACGAACGCAUCGGUCUCCGAGCAGCAAGCGGGGCGUUGAGGCACAGACAGCCCAGUAGCAGAUUUAGCUUGCGUCAGCAACACCUUGGAUGGGGUGACGCCACGACUUUUGGGUCACUCUGAUGCAUGCCGCGAAUGCGUUCCGUUCAGCGAUAACCGCUUCACCCGCAAAGACGCAGCGAGGACGAGGUCUGCUGGCUGGAACGACGCGAGAGGUCAGGCAUGCAGAGCGACGGCCAGAUCGAUGGAAAGGACCAGAAGGAAGCUGAAGGCAUGCAUCGGCAGAGCCGGCUGGGCGGACAACCGCGAAGAUGGUGUCACCUGAUAGGCCCGAAGCUGGGGAAGCACGCCAAGCCCAGAGGCAUUCGUCCUUGAGGAGCGACGAAGACGACACGAAGAUUGACUUGUCACGCUCCAGUACAUACGCCGAAUAUCGAAGAGGGUGUUGCAAGCUCCGAGCUCAGUUUUCAGCCCUUGACCGGCGUGCGUGGUGGCCUACUGACAAUUCCCGCGCCAGAAAGUCUGUGCUUUUAAACGUCACGGUCCAGGAAAGAACGCCCGCUCCUCGCGAGAUUUCGUCCUUCCUCCUACAACCAACACCGACUUCCAUCACAACAUCACCAACGCGUCUAUCUUGCAUCGCCUGCACCUUGCCUGGCGUCCACCACCACCAUCGUCAGCCCCCGCUCAUCAUUUGCACGGCGGUAGCAUCUUCAUACGCGUGCCGCCAAUCCGACCUUCGCGUCGCAAAGCCUGCUAGCGCCAGACACACGCACAGUCGCGCGACAAUAUCGACGAUAUGGCAGACGACGCGAGCGCCACCGCGUCUAUCGACGCGCAAGCAGUAAGUCGUGCUGUCGCGUCCGCUUCUGUCACGCCGCCUUUGCUGAAGCCUGCCCAGCCGGCUGCGACGACUGCCACCGACUCGACAGAGCCGACGAGUGACACCACGGCGCACACCAAUGGCGACUCGAUAGCGCCCGUGAAGACGAACGAAGAAAGCCAGACUCCUGCCGAGCAAACCCAGGUCGAAGAAGCUGGCGCCUCAGACGAAAAGACGCAGCAAGCCGACUCGGCCUCAGCAGAGCCUACGAGCGAUGCUACGCCGGCAUCUGGCAGCAAAGACAAGAAGCGGAAGUCUGUUGGGGGAGUGCCUGAGCACAAGAACAAGAAGUUGAACAAGAAAAAGUCGAUGCCUACUCUGCGACUCGAGUGCAAGGCAGGCGAGUUCUAUUGGGCCCGGCUCAAAGGAUAUCCGCCAUGGCCAUCAAUCGUGUGUGACGAGGAGAUGCUGCCCGAGUCUCUGCUCGCCACGCGACCAGUCAGCACAGCGCGACCAGACGGCUCUCUGCGCGACGACUUCAAAGAAGGCGGGAAGAAUGCCAAGGAGCGUACUUUCCCCAUCAUGUUCUUGCAUACCAACGAAUUCCAAUGGAUGGUGAACACCUCCCUUACGCCACUUGAACCGGCAGAAUGCCUGGAGUUGCCCAAGACCAAGAUGGCCAAGAAUCUGCAAGAGGCCUACAAGGUCGCCGCCGAGGGCCACGGAAUAGAUUACUACAAGGACAUACUCAGGAAACACCAGCAAGAAAUGGACAGUUAUGCUCAGGCCGAAGCCGAAGCCGAGGAACAAGCUGCGCUCGAUGCGGCCGCGAAAGCAGAAUCGGCAGAGGCCGAGGGAGAGCUGGCGUCCAAGGACAAGAAGAAGAAGAAGACGCCACGCAAGAGCAAAGCAGCCGACGAGGAUGUCGAGAUGGACGACGCCGAUGCUCCCAAGUCUACCAAGAAGCGAAAGAAGGCGGAAGAUAGCGAAGCUGACACUCCAAAGCCUAAGAAGACACCGAAGGUCACCAAGCUUAACGCGCCCAAGACGCCUAAUGGUGAGACAUCAGCCACGAAGAAGACCAAGUCCAAGAAGAAGGUCGUCAGCGCCCCCAAGAUCGAUGAAGAGCAGAAACCCCAGAUGACAGACGAGGAGCGUCUCGCCACACGCGAGAAGGCGGUAUUAUAUCUGCGUCACCGGCUCCAAAAAGGAUUCCUGGCUCGUGACAGCACACCAAAGGAAGACGAAAUGGCCAGCAUGGCUGACCAUUUCAGCCAACUCGAGGCCUAUGACAAUCUGGAGCCGUCUAUCAUCCGCACUACCAAGAUUCACAAGGUACUCAAGGCGAUUGUGAAGCUUGCUUCGGUGCCCAAGGACGACGAAUUUCAAUUCAAGAAGCGUAGCUCUGUCAUGCUUGAGAUGUGGAAUAAGCGCCUGGAAAAUGAUGGAGAUCAGCCAGGCGCGAGAGACAAGGAUCAAUCAGCUGCUACCACCACUGUAGUAGAGUCAGAGGCACCACAAGCCAACGGCGCGUCACUGGUCACCAAGGAAGAAGUAGCAGAGAAGGACAUGGCCGAAGCUGAGACUUCCAAGGCUGAAGCCGGCAAAGAAGCAGAGAAGGACAUGGCCGAAGCUGGCACAUCCAAGGCUGAAGCUGAAGAAGGCGCCGCGAAGCCUAUCGAAAGCCAGGAGAUCGAGAUGCAGGACGCCGAGGCUUCAGAGAAGCCUGCGGAGAACGCUACUGCAAAGGAAGCAGACACCGCUGCUGAUUCAAUUGAAGAGAAAGUGGAGGAGGUCUCUCAACCAGGUUCCUCAGCAGACACGAAGGCCGACCAGGUACCGGAGACGCUUGCCGCGCCAUCGCCCAGCAGCUAGAAGCGCAGAAGCUCGAGAUUUCGUUAAGUGGUGGUCCUGAAUAUGGAAGCACGGUCAGUAUCACGGCAGCAGGCACGCACCCCCUGGGAGAUGCAUCAUCAAUGCGACUGGGGGUAACGUGGGCCACAAUUCUGCUUGAGCAGAGACGCGGAAUUAUCUAGGAGUCAUUGGCGCACGGAGCGGUUGGCAUUGCGAGAUAACUUGAGUAUGAUAAUGGCAUCGUCACCUAUCAUUGCCCUCGUUGCUUUUGCGUUGAUAGAAAUGUACAUGGCAUGUGAAGUUUGUG